UCCCUGGCGGGUAUUUAAUUCUAAAUGAGUAAUUACGGUGUCUUUUGGUCGUGCGUCAGAGCGGCUCAUUCGGAUUUCAGCAUCUGAGCGAGUCACACACAAACACACGAACACGAAAACUCUGGAGCUCUGGAGAUUUUUUUCCCCCGUGGAGAUUAAAGUUUAAGUUAAACAGCCAAAAUGUGUGACAUGAGCGCUCUCGAUAACCUGGUGGCCAACACGGCUUACCUGAAAGCUCAAGGCGGAGACGAGAAGGAGCUGCGGAAAAGACGCCAGAGUCUCGCCCUUCCCAAACCGGAGAAAUGCGAAACCAUCCGGGCGUCUGUGGGACAGGACUUCGAAUCCCUGUGUGAACUCCAGCCCAUCGGGAAGAAGUUAUUCAGACAACAUCUGAACGAGACGCCCGAGUACGCCGUCGCCGCAGAGUUCCUGGACGAGCUGAACGAUUGGGAACUGGCUGAAGGCGCCGCCAAGGACAAAGCAUGCACCAACAUCAUCAACCAAUUCUGCAAGGAAGGAUCCAAGAGCUUCCUGUCCUGUCUGACCGGAGAAGCUCUGGAGAAGUGCAAAGCGGUGACGGAGAAAGAUUUCGAAGUGGUGAUGACGGGGAAAGUGAAAGAGGCCGUCAGAGAGUUCCUCAAAGGCAAGCCGUUCACGGAGUACACGCUGAGCCCGCUCUUCGACAAGUUCCUACAGUGGAAGGAGUACGAGAAGCAGCCCAUCACCGAGAAAUACUUCUACGAGUUCAGGACGCUCGGGAAAGGCGGAUUCGGGGAGGUUUGUGCGGUGCAGGUGAGGAACACGGGUCAGAUGUACGCCUGCAAGAAGCUGUGCAAGAAGCGUCUGAAGAAGAAGCAGGGUGAGAAAAUGGCCCUGCUGGAGAAGAGGAUCCUGGAGAAGGUGAACAGCCCGUUCAUCGUCAGCCUGGCGUACGCCUUCGAGACCAAAUCCCACCUGUGUUUGGUGAUGACGCUGAUGAACGGCGGCGAUCUGAAGUACCACAUCUACAACAUCGGCGAGAAAGGCAUCGAGAUGGACCGGAUCGUUUAUUACACCGCUCAGAUCACUACGGGAAUGAUGCAUCUACACGCCAUGGACAUCGUGUAUCGAGAUAUGAAGCCGGAGAACGUUCUGCUGGACAGCCAGGGCCAGUGCCGACUCUCGGAUCUCGGCCUCGCCAUCGAGCUUCCUGCCGGAAAAACCACCACUCAGAAGGCCGGGACCGGAGCGUACAUGGCUCCUGAGAUCCUGACCGACACGCCGUACAGGACGUCGGUGGACUGGUGGUCUCUGGGGGUCAGUAUUUAUGAGAUGGUGGCCGGCUACACGCCGUUCAAGGGCCCCGACGGCAAAAAAGAGAAAGUGGACAAAGACGAAGUAAAACGUCGCAUCAUCAACGAAGAGCCGGUUUUUGAGCACAAAAACUUCGAUCCUCUCACCACAGACAUCAUCCUGCAGUUCCUGAAGAAGAAGGUGGACGAACGCCUCGGCUGCAAAGGUGAAGACCCCCGGAAGCAUGAGUGGUUCAAAUCGAUUAAUUUCCCCCGUUUAGAGGCAGGACUCAUCCCUCCACCGUGGCUUCCCAAACCUAACGUCGUCUACGCUAAAGACACCGGAGACAUCGCCGAGUUUUCCGACGUUAAAGGCAUCGAGUUCAACGAUAAGGAUGAAAAGCUCUUUAAAUUGUUUAGCACAGGCGCCGUUUCCAUCCCCUGGCAGAAAGAGAUGAUCGACACCGGACUUUUCGACGAGCUUAACGACCCACACAGGAAAGAGUCUUCCGCUGGACUGGACCAGGAAAAGAAAUCAGGAACGUGCACACUUCUGUGA